AAAGGACUUAAAAUUUGUCAAUGAAAAAGAAGACAUUUCAGUACAUUCACGUAGUCUCUUUCACAAUGUUGAAUAACCAACUUCCAAUUAUACUACUUCGCACAAGUUGGAAUCAAACUUGAUCUAAUAACUUCUGGUCACAGUUGGUUCUGGCGCGAAUGAAUAAGGAAGGUCGUUGAAUGUUAAAAUGGUUUUACUGAUCUAUCCAUUUAUUACAAUCGAAAAAUGAUGUAAUAAUGUUAAGUAAAAUGUAACUUAAAUAACGACCUAUGAUUCCGUGGUAUAGAGAAAUAAUGAGAAUAAUGCCUUCGUUCAUGUGGAAUACGUUCUUACAUUUUCUAACCUCACAGUCCGUAUUUAAGUGUCUUGGUUGCUAAUAAAGUGGAUGUGAAACAAAAAUGUACAAAUUAUUUCCACAAAAAUCUAUCAGGAUAUGUCUUGGAAGAUCAGCCUCGACCUCUUUUUCUAACACAGAUAUUUAUGAUAUAUUGUCUACGCAUUUUGGUUAUGAUCAUGAUACUAUCAGGCGUAUUAUUCAAUCGCAGAUAGAUAUUACAAGAAUAUCUGAACAACGUAUUGUCUCGAACUGCAAAAUCUUGCAGGAAUUCGGUGUGCACACACAUGAAACGGCACAAUUGUCAGCGUGUUUGAAGCUAAAUUCCGUGAUUGUAAAGAAUAGAAUUUUAUUACUGGAAGAAGUGGGUGUUAAAAAUAUUACGUUGCAAUACAUCAAUAGAUUUCCAGUGUCAAUACACAAAUCGAUAAAAACUUUUAAAAGAUAUUGUAACAUGCCACCAGACGCAGAUAUCGUGCAGAACAUUUGUGACAGUAUAGGAAUCAGACCAACUGUAUGUAACAUAACAAAAUUAGAAUCAUGUAUACAAUUAUCCGAUUUGUACUUCACUAUGAUGGUAUACUAUAAAUCGUUUUACCUCAAUUUAUAUCAUAAAAGCCUCAUAAAUAAUCAUCACAUGAAAUUUAUAAGCUUUAGACAGUUUACAAAGCUAAUAAGUAUUCUACAAAACCGAUUGCAGUUUAGUAAAGAGUUUUUGAGGAAACAUCCUUAUUUAUUGAACCUGUGUCCAGACAUGGUAGAGAAAUUUUUCCACAAUUUCGAAAAUUUAAGUAUUAAUAACAUGAAUAUAUACCAAAUAGUGAGAAAGUAUCCUCGAAUCUUAUUCAGCGAUGGAGACAAUAUAAAAGAAAUACUAAAAGUUUGCAAAGACAAGAAUAUUGAAACUAAAUCGAUGACAAAUAGUUUAUAUAUUCUAACAAUGAAGAAGAAGGUGUUUCUCGAAAGAUAUAACACUCUGGAGAAAACACCAGAAUUAAAAGUAUGGUUGCAACAUCCAAAGGCAUUUUACAUGAUCAUCAUGUAUAGAAUGGUCAUGACUCGAGUGGAAUACCUAUGUUCCUUGAAUCGUUUACAGAGUACAAACAUUCAAAAGAUUAUAGCUUCCAACAAGAUUUUCAAAAAAUUUGUGGAAGGUCGUGUCUACCAUACAUCUACCAGACAGAAUUUACUGUAUUUACUACACAAGGAAUUAGGAAAGGCAAACAUCGAUCUAGUUAACUAUAUAAUGAGGCAUCCUCAUUGGAAAUGUGUUACAGCGUUCUCUAUAUAUACAAUGCUGACAUAUUUGAAGCAAAUAUAUACAGUGGAAGACAUAUGCCAAAAUAUUCAUAUUGUACUUUAUCCAAAAGAUGUAGUUAGCAAAAUGCUGGAAAUGAUAUAUGCUAAAUACAAUGCGAAAAUGGGAUAUAACUUUAGUCCAAGUCAAUAUCUGGCAUUGUGUUUGUAUAUGUUAGAGAAGCAACACCAUUUUACUGGUGAUGCCAUUUGGUACGUAAUGUACGAUGAUCCAGACGCGGGUGAUACCUUACAAAUUUCUGCAAAUGUAGACAACAUCAAUUGUGAAGGAUUUGUUCCAGAUGUAAAUAUUAGUGCUAUAAGAGAAACAGCGUGGAUUGAACAGUAGCAUAAUUAUAUUUAAUAUGUAUAUAAACAAAAAAUAUAUACAUUUGAAACGGUAAAAUGGUCUUUUAAAUUGAAACGUUUUCUAUUUCUCGUGUUUCGAAUAUUAAAAUUUAUCAAUUUCUGUCAAUUUAUAUUUAUAUCAACUUAAACAUUUGCAAAUCGUAGUUUCACUUUUAUUUGUAAGUAUAUUUUGACACGAGUAAUUACAAACACAUGAGUAAUCACAAAUAAUCGAUACAUUCUUUACUAAUUUAUCAUAAUCAACGAAUAUUUCACAUCUUAUAUGUUUUAAUGCACAACAACGUAUAUCACCAUAAAAUACGUAUAAUAUCAUAGAACGUAAGGACAAUCGAAUUUUACGCGACAUUUACGUUCGAACAAAUGAGAGAGAAAAAUACAAAAAUAGCCGCAUUCAUUUGUUGGAACUUGCGCGUCAUCUUAAUCUACGUUUUUAAGGCACUUGGAAUGCUUCCAUUUGUUUAAUCCGCAUUAACAUUAAUUUCGUUUAACACAACGCACUUCUUCGUUUAUCCCUAAAAUAUUUGUUAUUACUAGUACAUGUUUAUUAUAAAAACAUUACUAAACGUUAUCAACUUUCAUUUCGAAACCUGUCCUUGAAAUUUCUUUUUGGAAAUUCGUGGAAAUUAAUUGCACCUAUUCUUUGACAGUACACGGUGCGAUUUGCGAUUAUAUUAGUUAAAUAAAUUAUUAUUUAUAUUGUGCUACGUUUGGCGACACCGUCACGAGAAAAGAAGAUGUCACUUGAACAUUGACUAAUUUAUGUACGUAUAAAUAAUGAAUUUCUUUUUUUUCAAAAAUAAAAUUCAUGGAAUAGAGAUUUAAUUAACACAACACCAAGGGGACAGUAUACAUAUAUGGCGAGCAACUUAUUAAGGUUCAGAAGGCUCGCCAGAGGGCCAAAAACGAAGAUCGAUAGAUAUUAGAAUCGAAACAUUAAAUAACGGAGUCCCAUUUAGAUGAUACAUUUUUACUUUUUUUGUUCACUUUUUGGCACAACAUAGAUAAUAAUGUAUUCAUGAACUGGUAUAGUGUGAUAGAGGGGAUAUAGCUCUCAGUUUUGACGAUUUUUCUCCAUUUGAUUGCAAUCUGUAGCGAUGAUAUAGACUGACUUUUAACGACCCUCUAUAACUCAAAUUUAUAUUCAGCUUCUGUAACAAAUUAUAUCAUAAACCAUUGAUAAACGC